UACAUCUAAAAUUUUAAUAUCCGAAUUAAACAUCAUAACACCCUUGUUCACCAGUAUAUCUUGUUGAGAGAGGGGAUUUCAAGGCCUCUUCUAGGUAGUUUGAGAUAGAUAAAAUGGCUAGCCAGGCGAAUAAUGCAUCUUUCUAUGAUUUGACUGUGAAGGAUGCUAAGGGAAAUGAUGUUGACCUCAGCAUUUACAAGGGAAAGGUUCUUCUGAUUGUUAAUGUUGCAUCUCAAUGUGGCUUGACUAAUUCAAACUACACAGAGCUGAAUCAGUUAUACGAGAAAUAUAAAGAUCAAGGUUUGGAGAUUUUGGCCUUUCCCUGCAAUCAGUUUGGAGCUCAGGAGCCAGGGAAUAAUGAAGAGAUCUUAGAGUUUGCUUGCACUCGCUAUAAGGCCGAGUUUCCGAUUUUUGAUAAGAUUGAGGUAAAUGGUGAGAACGCUUCUCCAGUGUAUAAGUUCUUAAAGGCAGGCAGAUGGAUGAUUUUUACAGAUGACAUUCAAUGGAAUUUUGCCAAGUUCCUGGUUGAUAAGAAUGGAAAAGUUGCUGACCGUUAUUACCCCACAACUUCCCCUCUCACCAUUGAGGGUAACAUCAAGAAGCUGCUGGGGAUUUCUUGAUCAAUUUGGAUUCUAGAAAUAAAUAAAACCGGGCUCUUGAAGUUUGGUUGGCAUUAGGCAGUGCUGUUGUCCAUUUAAGACUCUGUGGAUUGUGUUGCAGAUCAUAUAGCUGAUGCUGUCACAAAUCCACUAUUAUUGUGUAAAAUAAUGAACCAAGUUAUCUUUCAAUCUAUUGGGUUUUGAUAUA